UGCAAUUUCGCCAUCUGUAUUCUGUGAUCGAUGAAAAGUGCGGGAGAAGUGCAAUAUUAUUUUUUAACUUUUUCUCAAAUUAUUGUCAUCUCAAUUUUUAUUUUUUUUUAUUCGAAGAAAGUGGUUUCUAGUCAAUGGGACUUGAAGAGGCGACACUCGUGGAACAGCGAAAUCGAUUAUCAAUUGGCGGGAACGGAAGCUGCAAACAUCUCGGGAGAAGAUCCCACUUCCCCAGAUUCCUUAAAAGACAACAGAAUCUUCUACAAGGAAUAUGGCCGUUCGUUGCAGACGGUGGACCUGGUGGCGGAUUGUCCAUUGCAAAUUGUGACAGGUGAUUCGAGAUCACCGUCAUCUUCAAAAUCAUCUCUCUUGCCGUCUUCGACGUUGGCCGCGUCUACAACGAGCAUGGGGCAACGAUCGAGUGCCCUAUUACGUCCCAAGAUCUCGCUGACCUGGAUCCUACGUGGCCAACAUCAAUCUGAGCCCAAUGGCAUCUAUCCAAUCACUAAUGAUAACAGAAAUGGAUACAAUGAUCGAGAUUUUUUAUCUCGCGGCGGCAAGGAAAGAUCCUCGGGAAGAAGCGUCAAAUGCUUCAAUGAAAGAGAUGUUAUUGACAAGAAGAAUAUCGAUAACAAGAAGAGCAUCGAGAAACGUGAAAAAAAAAUUCUGCACAAAAUCGAAAAGACUAUCGACAAAGAACCGAUUGGCGAGAGACGAUUGGAUAGUAUAUUGGAAAAGCACUUUGAUAAAGAAUUUGUCGAUAUGAAAGAUAUAAAAGAGAAGGAGAAAAUGAAGAAAGCGAUAUCUGAGCCUUCUCUAAUAUCUCACGAAUCGAUAUCAACAUCCUGUGAACGAGAAAAGCAUCGGCACAGACGAACCAAACGUUCGUACAAACCUAGAUUACCCAGUAGAUUUGGUUACGAGAUCGCUGAUCUUGACGCGUUUUUAACUAAGGCAUCUAUAGAGAGACCAGCGAACAUUCCAGUCGUUCUAUCUUUUCCAUCAGUAUUAUAUCAGACUCAGGGCGGUAUUCAAGAUGAAAUGGCUCUUCCUUUAGGUACAGUCGUAAAUGCCAUUUUUAAGAACCAGGCCUGGUUAUAUGUUCAAACACCCCAUGGCCAGGAAGGCUAUGUCGGUUACGCCGCCUGUUUGCCUUUGGGAAUUUUACCGCAUCCUACACGAGGACCUUGCUGGGAGGAUUCUACCGAUAUCUUUCCCCGACCUCUCGGAAAUAUAACAGAUACAGAGAAGUUACGAGACACCAGAUCGGAAUGCGGGGCAAACCGCGGGCAUCAGAAUGGUAAGGUCAGACGAUGUAUGAGAGACGCAGUGUCAGCAUGCGGUGAGCGCAGUGUUGAUCGGUUGUAUCUGAGGGCAGCGGCAAACGCACGCACCAAGGGAUCCCGGCACACAUUGCUAAUGAUCAGAAGCGAUUAUGAGGCAGGAUCCGCGAAUGUUCUGACCGUCUCCAAAGGCGAUGUAGUUGCUUUAUUAAGCGACCAUAUAAGCGACUGGUUCUGGGUACGUUCUAGAGAUGGGAGAGAGGGAUUCAUCCCUGCAGUUGUCGCUGGUCACGGCUUUCUUUGACUAUUUUUUUUUUAAUAAGAUUUAUUAACAAUGGAAGAUUUAUUAACAAUGGCGAACAGUCAUGAAAUUGUUCAUGAAAUUCACAAAAGAAUUGCGCGCGCGCGUGUGUGUGUGUGCGCGCGUAUCAACAGAACAUAUCAAAUAUCGUAUUCUCGAAAUAGUAUAUAUUUUUAUAAUAAUACUAUAAUUGCCAAAUUAUUAUCCAUUAAUAAA